UUGGGCGAAACAUCAAAAAGUAGUCGGCCAAGAUUUUAUUUUUAUAUACACAAAAUCAAAGUAUUGAAUGAUGAAUGAGAAAACGAAUUUGACUUCCUCUGGUGCAACAGAGUUGCAGGACUUAAAUACUUAUGAGAUAGAUAGUGCCACCAAAGCUUUGGUAAUCGAAAGUUGUUUUGAGUCUGAAGAUUUAAAUCGGGAGCAAUUGCCGCCGAGUACUUUGGAGGAAAUCGGCUUCAAACCAGGGCUUGAGAGUGUUGAAUUAGAUCUUUUCAUGGAGAAAUCCGAACUGGGCGAUAGCAUCUCGAAACUUUUGUUGGAACGCCAAGGCACUGAAGUCCAGGUUCAUGUGGAAGAUCGUGUCUUUGAUUGCCAUUUGGCUGUAUUGCAAGUCUAUACUGAAUAUUUCAGGCAGUUCAAAUGCAAAGAUAUAAUCAAAAUUUCCGAACCACAUGUCAAGGCAGUGGGCUUUGAAAAGGUCUACGAAUGGAUGAUUGACGAGAAGGUCACGCCGCAGCGAGAGCAUAUAGUGGAAUUGUAUAUGGCAGCGCGAUAUUUCAAUAUGCCCGAUCUGAUCAAACAGUUGUGGUGUCGCUUCGACAAUACGAAACUCUUCAAUGAGGCCGAAGCUUUUAAAGUCUAUUUAGAGGCUGUGCCCUAUGAAAUACCCAUGCUGCACCAUCUGAUGAUAAGUCGCAUUCAAAUGUUCUUUCUGUUAGCUGUGACCACUGAGGAAUUUCUCCAACUAGAGCCUCAGCAUGUCCAUCAACUGCUGGCUGCCUCGAAUGUGUGUGUUAACUCCGAAAUGGAAAUCUAUAUGAGUGCAGUGCGUUGGCUAAAGCAUGACUGGGAGCAGCGCAAAGAGCACGCUGUAUUGAUUAUGGGUGCAGUGCGUUUCUGUCUGAUGCCUUCAUGGUACACGACCUCCCUGAAGGCCAAACAAUCCGAUCACGUGCAACAGGAAUUGGUUGAUAAUCCCGAAAUUCUCAAUAUGAUCAAUUUGGGUCUAUCCUAUUCGGUAACGUGUGAAUUCAUGGAUAAGCAUUCACCUCUGGCUGAACCAUUGCGAAUGCAGCAGGCUCAGCCACGUCAAUGGAUUUUCGAUGAGACGGCCAGCCAUCAUCAUCAAUAUGAAUGCCCAAAUUGGUUGUAUCUUGACUUUAAACUAUUUAAUCAGUUUCUCUUUCGUAUUAUCAGCGAAGGCAGUGCCUAUGUCAAUAGACUAAAGUAUGUCACGUCCAAAACAACAAUGUCCUGCUGCUGCAAUGCAUUGAAUCCCGAGCCAGAGGAAGAUAAAGCCAGUUUCGUUCCCAUAACGCCAUUGCCCUCACCAUCGGCAGGUCUAUUGGCAAUGCCAAACGCCACACCACCUUCUUCUGAAUAAAACAGAAUGUCCAUCGA